AUUUGAUUGGGAGAUGGUACCAAACCUGUUAAUUAUGACAAUAGCCAAAUAGAGGGAAACACACACUCCGUUUGGUGUACAUUAUGAAGAUUAUAAGUUAGGUAUACGAGGGGUCGCAUCAUCACUAGAUGUAGCGAGACGUACGUCAGUUUGAAUCUCAGUUCACACUCCUGGCCUUCACAAAUAUGUAUGUUCUGCAUGACUUUCCUCUUGUCAUUGAGACGGAUGUUAGGGUAGGAAGUGCACCCCUUACCCUAUAAAAUAAGACGUUGUUCGCUAACAGCUUUAAGGUGUUAUUUUGAACCUUAACGACUGCACCACGUUUAUAGUGUGGUGUACGGCGCAGUAUAGUAUUGACUUAUAUUAUAAUCAAUCCGUUCUCAAAUGUACAUUGCCCAUCUCUCCAUGGAUCCAGACAUACAUUGGUUUCCACUUAUAUAGGUUUGUCUAUUGAAAAAUACCUCACAAAACUCAACCCUUCUCUCCAAUGCACAGGUUGUGAUGGAUAUUUUGCUCAAGGAUCGACGGUCACUUGAAGUGGCCUAAACUAUGAAGGAUGUCUAUGGAGAGUUUCCCACUUGGACUGUGACGUUAACAGCACUCAUCUAUUGCCUUUGUCAGCCAUGUUGGUUUACCAUUGGGUUUUCCACUUUUAGUUAUGAUGGUUUGGCAGGUCAAAGUCAGUAUUGGAGUAUCAUAGCGGGGAAUUGUCUAACCUAGCAUGGAUACACUUUUAACAAGAAGGAUGAGAGGAGAGACUAACUUGCCAUCAAAUGCGAGAUUGCACAUUGCACAUGGGUUUAGUCCAUGUUGAUUUUGAGGGGACUGAUAAGUUCAUUGGGGUUGUGUGCAAAGUUCAUGUUCAGUGUUGCUUUUUAAUUUGAAGCAAAUAGUUGUUUAUUAUUAACACGACUUGUUAUGGUAGUGUAAUUGUGUGCAAUUUAUAAAGGGGAUAUGUUUACUUACAUUUUUUUGUUUUUGUUCUAGUCUUUGUUAUUUUGAGUGAGUACUCCUUUAUCAGUUCUCUAAGCAGACUGACUGACUAGAGACUGACACUCGCAGACCCUCCUCGUCUUCUUCAACAUGCUGAGGAAGGGUUCGGAGUUGCUCCUGGCCACAGGAGGUGACAGGGAGGUGCUGCUCGAUCUGGAUUACGUGACGGGCAAUCGGGGCGAACCCCAAAACACAGACAGCUAUGGGAGUCUGCAGAACGGGGGUUUCAUCCCACCAAGAUAUCUUUCAGCUGCAGCGGCUUCUUCUGACGAUAAUGACGAUGAUGAGGAUGACCCCAUCUAUAUACACUGUGAUAAAACGAGUAGCCGACCGGAACAACCACUAGGGGGGAACUACUUUAGAGAUGGACGAACCAAAAUAGACUUUGUUCUAGUAUGGGAGGUGAAACCGAGAAAGCAUCGCUCCAGAUGGAGGGGCCAAUCUGAGACCAGCGGUCCGGAGGAGGUCGGAGCCAGGGCAGAGGAGGGGAGCAGCAGGUCUGAGCGGAGAAAGGCUCAGCUGGCUCGAUGGAGGGACAAAUUCACCCAAAACCUGCAGAAUGCCGGCAUACUGCUGGAAAAGGAGGAGACGGCGAGCGAGAAGAAAACCAUCCAUUAUCUGAAACUGAGCGCCCCUUGGGAUGUGUUGGUGUAUUACGCAGAGGAGCUCAUUCUGAGAGCACCCCUACAGGCCCAACCAAACCCAAACUUCAACACUUCUGACCGGAUCCUUCGGAAACUAUACAUUCCCAACGUCAUGGCGGAGUCCUUGCCAAACAGGCCACUGGACUACUACACUUGUGCCUUUCGCAAGUCAAAGAUGGAGAAGUUCCUCGGCUGUGAGAACCAUGACACCUAUUUUACUAACACACAGAGACACCGUAUAGUGUAUGAGCUUCUGGCGAGAACGGUGUACGGCAAGAGGAAGAGAGCGGAGGUGGGCGUGGCUCGACUGCUCAACGAGAGGGCAUACACUGCAGCGUUUCCCUUGCAUGAGGGCCCCUUUGAGCUGCCAGAGUAUGAGGUGCGUCCAGAUGAGCUGAACCAGAGGCAGGUCUUGUUCCAGUAUUGGGCCCGCUGGUCUAAGUGGUACAAGUACCAGCCACUUGACCACAUCAGAGAAUACUUUGGAGAGAAAAUAGCCCUUUACUUUGCCUGGCUGGGGUUCUACACAGCCUGGCUGCUCCCAGCGGCGGUGGUGGGGGCCUUUGUCUUUGUGUCAGGAGUCAUGUCCAUGGGGACCAACACUCCUGCCAAGGAGAUCUGUAAUAGUGGGGGCAGCUACCUGAUGUGUCCUCUCUGUAAGACCUGCAAGCCCUGGAACAUGUCUGAUAUCUGCCCCAUGGCUAAGGUGGGCUACCUGUUUGACCACCCCGGGACAGUCUUCUUCAGUGUGUUCAUGUCCUUUUGGGCUGUCACCUUCCUGGAGUACUGGAAACGCAAGAUGGCCACCCUGGCUCACCACUGGGACUGCAUGGACUUCCAGGAGGAAGAGGAGCGUCCGCGGCCUGAGUUUGCGGCCAUGGCUCCUUCUAUAGAGUACAACCCAGUGACGGGAGUGAAAGAGCCCUACUUCCCAGAGAAGGCCCGGCUGUCCCGCACGCUCACUGGCUCUAUGGUCAUCAUCAUCAUGCUGUGUGUGGUUAUGAUUUUCCUGGUGUCAGUGAUUAUGUACCGUGGGAUAGUGAGUGUGAUGAUGUACCGCACAGGCAGUUUUGUGCUGCGCACUCAGGCAGGGAACAUUGCUAAUAUCUCCAGCAGUAUGGUGAAUCUGGCCCUGAUUCUGCUGAUGGGGCAGGUCUAUACUGCGUUGGCACUGCAGCUCACUAAAUGGGAGAUGCACAGAACACAGACCCAGUACGAAGAUGCAUUUACCUUCAAGGUGUUUGUAUUCCAGUUUGUCAACUUCUACUCCUCUCCCUUCUAUGUGGCAUUCUUCAAGGGAAGGUUUGUGGGUUAUCCUGGACGCUAUGGUACCUUGCUUGGCAUGAGAAAUGAAGAUUGUGGUCCAGGGGGUUGUCUCAUUGAACUGGCUGAGCAGCUCUUCAUCAUCAUGGUGGGGAAACAGCUCAUCAGCAAUGUUCAGGAGUUUGUCAUCCCUAAGGUGAAGGCAUGGCAACAGAAGAGGGCGCUGAAUAAGGUGCGGGGAACGCAGAAAUCCCAGGAGCCUCGGCGGUGGGAGGAGGACUAUCAGCUGGUGGAGUGCGAGGGCUUGUUUGAGGAGUACCUCGAGAUCGUGCUCCAGUUUGGCUUCAUCACAAUCUUUGUGGCUGCGUUCCCCCUGGCACCGCUCUUCGCCCUACUCAACAACUGGGCCGAGGUGCGCCUGGAUGCCCACAAGUUUGUGUGUGAGUACCGGCGGCCUGUGGCCGAGCGCGCUCAGAACAUCGGCGUGUGGUUUAACAUCCUGGAGGCCCUGUCGCACCUGUCCGUCAUCGUCAACGCUUUCUUGAUCGCCUUCACGUCGGAUUUCUUACCACGACUGCUCUACCAGUACAAGUUUGACAACGAUCUGAACGGAUAUGUUAAUUUCACUCUGGCCUAUGCUCCUCCCAGCUACACCAGCCAUCCCAUGUGCAGAUAUAAAGCCUUUAGGGACAACAAUGGAAAUUACACUCUGAUUUACUGGGAACUCCUGGCUGUGAGGUUAGGCUUCAUCAUCGCUUUUGAGCAUGUGGUGUUCUUUGUCCUGCGAGCGAUAGACUGGAUGGUGCCGGACGUCCCUGAGUCUCUGGGGCUGAAGGUGAAGAGGGAGCGCUACCUGGCCAAGCAGGCCCUGGCAGACAACCAGGAGGCCCUGUUGGUGAGUCAUCGAGGUUCGGCCUCCAGCCAAGCAAGCAACGCGUCCUUUGGCAACAUGAGUUAGAACGGUAGUCCGGAACUUCUGCACCAAGAGAAGCGUAACAGAUGGAGAGGAGAGGAGGGGUAGAGGGAGAUAAAAGAGAUUCCUUUGCAUUUCGGGUCCCAUCAAUGGAUUUGUUUCCCUGUUGCUCUCCGUCUGUUGUCUAUGGUCAGUCUCUAGGUUUGUUUACGGAAGGGAUGACUUAUCCGCAAAGGGCCGGUGUGGUUGCAGGUAUUUGUUCCAGCCACGCUGUAACACAUCUGAUUCAAUGACCAACUUAUAGUCUUUCAUUAAAACUUUGAUUAGUUGAAUAACAUUUGUUACUGCUGGGCUGGGACAAAAACUGGCAGCUACACUGGCUUUUUGCUGGUAAUAUUGGCCAGAAUGGCCACCACCUGGUUUUCAGUAUGUGAGAGUGGGUUUGUAUUGUUCCAAUUUUUUUGCUUGACUAUUAGCAGAUGACUUGACGUCCUUCAACUCUGAUGAUUUGUAAUGCUCUCACUGUGUUGAAUGGASAAGCUUGAUUUACUCAAACAGUAAUGUUGUCGACACUUUUCUUCAGACAGCCUGCUCUGUUGUGUGUAGGUAUACAUAAAUAUUUAUAUAUGUGAAACUGGAUCUGCUUUUCUAUACUAUCACUACACUAUAUUUGUAUGGAGAUAAAACCCGAAACAUAUCUUGUUGUUUAUCUUGUUGGUAUAAGAGUUACUGCUGUACUACCAUAGAGUUAAAGUCCUUCUGCAUGUGUUACCCGUUUUGUGCCAGCUGUUUUGCAUUUCAAAUGUAAUAAUGUUUACAUACUGUUUUAAUUACUUUAUAUAUCUACUGUAUUUUAGYAAUGCUCAUCCUAUAUAACUACUGCUAUACACACAUUUAUAUUCACAUACUGUCCAUCCUGUCUAUACACAUCAUUCACAGACACAUAUACAGUAUUAUUUAUAUUCCGGACUCAUUUCUGGAAGCUAAUUUCMUGCAAUUCUAUCCAUUUUCCUAUGUGGUUUUGUACUGUGUACUUACAGUAUAUAUUGUAUUCUUGACAUAGCUCAUUGUAGUAUUUAUACUAUUGUACAUUUGAAUUUUAGUUACACUGUUUAUACACAACGCAUAUUUAUUUAUAUGUUGGAUUCUUAGGUCACAUAGGUCACUAAUAUUUCUACUGCUGUAUWUAUCAUUUCUAGUAUAUCUUGUGUAAAUUCAUCCAAUGUAUAUACUGUAUGUAUAGAUUGCAUUUGGAUUACUGUUACAGUGCUAUUUUCGUUGUUAAUUGGAUUCGUUCCAACAAUUCUUGAUUUCUUGUUGUUCUUUUUGUUUUUUGAAAUUAAUUAUUUGUGUACCUGUUUGAUAUUUCACUGCAUUUUUAGGUGCUACUAACAUAAGCAUUUCACUGCACCCGCUACAACAUCUGCUAAACUUUGUAUGCGACCAAUAAACUUUGAUUUGGUUGGAUGAAUUUGACAUUUUUGAUCCUCCAAAUACAUUUUCAAAGUGCUAGAUACUGCCGUUGUCAAAUAAAAUCUCAAAUAUGUUCUCAAAUUUCGAAAUGCCGGAGAACUUAUCUUACCAAAAAAUCCCCUCCUCCCUUCCUCCCCACUUGCUCGGAAACAUGACCCCCUCAGAAACAUGACCCCCUCAGAAAUAUGACCCCCUCAGAAACAUGACCCCCUCAGAAAAUGAGAAAUCCAGACAGAUGAAACCCCUCUGAUUUAUUAGGAGUCAGAGAGAGACAGGUGUUCUGUUAAUGAUUUCUCUCCCUCCUUUCCCUCUUCUCCUACACACCCUUCCAAAAUAUUCCUAUUGCCUUGGGCAACUCUCUCUCUCGCCCUGUCUCUUUUCUCUCUCUCUCGUCCUCUCUACUGCUGUAGCGUUCAUGUUUUGAUUGUUAUGAUUGCUGUGAGUGUGUUGCUUUGCCAUUCAGCCUACAGGAAGUGUGCGCUAGUACAUGUCAACUAGUGGAGACAGGUAUGCAACGUGGACACAGCCUCCAACASACACUGUGUGCGUCCCAAAUGGCACCAUAUUCUAUAUACUGUAGUGCACUACUUUUGACCAGGGCCCAUAGGGCUCUUGUCAAAAGUCAUGCACGAUGUAGGCAAUAAGAUGCUAUUUAGGACAGAGACACUGUACUAAUAGUUCUCCCAAUAUACCUCAACACCACACUUAACAGAGCAGUGAAGCACUCAAAGGCAGGGAGUGAGAACCCAUAACACCACCCAAUGGUAUUCAGUUGAUGUGUUGACUGAAAAGUGUCAACUUGUCAUUUAUCCACAAACAAGUUGCCAUUGUAAGAUUGAAUGUACACUAUUGUGUAGAGUAGUUAUGAAAGCACAUCAACUGCCAACUAUAAACAGAAUUUAUAUGAUUGUGUACAUUCAUAUAAUGUUAAUUGUUAGACAUCAUGAAAAUAAAACUCAGAAAGU